AUGGUCGGACAGUGUAACCCUUGUAAUGAGUACCAGCUAUCCCAACGCAAAGAGCCAUUAAUGACACACGAGAUUCCUGAAUGUCCUUGGAAUCGAGUAGCCAUGGACAUCUUCACUCUGGAAUGCCAAGAUUACCUGAUUACCGUUGACGUCUAUUCAGACUUUUGGGAAGUUGACAUUUUACCAGAUAUGACAUCAACCAUCAUACAGCUAAGUAAGGUGCACUUUAGUCGUUAUGGUGUACCCGACGUGGUAGUAAGUGAUAAUGGUGGUCAGUUUGGAAGUGAAGAAUUUAGAAGUUUUGCCCGUGUCUUGGAGUUUGAACACACCACCACCUCACCAUAUCACAGCCAAGCCAACGGGGAAGUAGAAUCGGCAGUGACAAUCGCCAAGAAUGUAAUAAAGAAAGCUAAGAGAAGUGGAUAUGAUGUCUGGAAAGCAAUAUUUGAUUGGCGGAGCACCCCAACAGAGAACAUGGAUG